CAAAUGCCAAAAAUUGUGUGUUACGUAGAAGCGCUUGGGGAGUAGCUAUUGUCUUAUUUUGUUUGACAGGUAAUUCUUCGGCCUGAAUGGGAGAUUUGGUGGUGUACGUACGAAUUAAUAAUAUUCCAUCAAGCAUCCAAAAUCGCCAGAGAAUAUUCAGUAGCCUUGUAUGAUCGCAUUCUGCGGCCAUUGGUAGCCUCCAUCUGCGCCCCUUCUGCACACCAUGUCGGACAGCGACCCGGCGUCCAACUCGGACACUGCUCUGUCCAGUCUGUCGCCGCUGUCCGCCGACAGCUCGGACUCUGGACGCGUCUCUGCCAGCCCGGGACCCGCCUCGGUCAGCCCGGCAGCCACCGUCAGGUCUCCCGCCGAGGAGACCAGCGGCGCGGCGCCGGGCGGAGCCACAGACCAGCCGGCGGCGGGGACUGACAAUGACGUGGCACCCACAGCAGCUGAGGGUGGAGGUGGAGCAGCUCAGGGCGGCGAGGUGACUGGAGAGGAUCCGCCGGCCGCUGCCGAGCUGACUGAAGAGGCGGCUGGUGAACCGACUCCUGACCCGACCUCAGCGCCGACCCCCGGGCCGUCAGAGGCAGCUGACCCCACCGAACACACCACGGUCGGCUCCCACUCGUCCGACUCGCUGACGCCGCAGGAGGCGGCCAGCGACGACAGCUGGGACGCGCCGCUGACCGAGGCCGACCUCGACGGCGACACGCUGAGCACCGUCCGGCGCGACAGCGAGGUGCAUGAGCUGCUCGAGCCGCUCGACUCGGACAUCGUGGACCCGGCCGACGGACUCAAGGUGCUCGACGACCUCUUCACCAGCGGCAAAAUCAACGAGGUGCAGUAUAAGGACCUGCAGCGAAAGCACAAAUAUCUACAGUCCAUGUUCUGGUCGUGCAUUCAGAACCGCGCUGGCCUGCGGGAGGACAUUCUGGAGACGAACGCGUUCCUCAAGGAGCUGAAGGCGAAGGCGAGAGAGGAGGCAGGCAAUGAGCAACGUGAUAACGCCGACGACAUCUCUGACAUUCAGACUAUGGCCGAUCUCGAGGGGAAGAACGUCGACGAGCUGAAACGGUAUCUGGCCUCUUUCACUCAGCAGCGUAAGACGCUGGAGAACUCUAUCUACCAGAUCCAGUUCAAGACACGUCACAUGGAGGAAGAACGACAAAACCUCCAAGAGAGAGUCGAUUCCACGAACCUGUCCAGUUCCAAGAUCUACCUAAACAGCCCGGCCAUGCUGGAGAAGGACAUCCGAGAGCUAGGGGUGGAGAUACGCGUUCGCAAACAGGAAGUACGCAACCUCUUGGAGGACAUUAACACGCGCGAGCGGACGAUCCCGCAGCGGGAGACCAAGAUCGCCAAGCUGGAGGAGAAGCUGCAGGCGCUGCAGGAGGAGAAGGAGGAGCUGCUGCCCAAGAUGGUGCUUGUGAGUCGCGACGCCGAUCGCGAGGAGAAACACACGGCCAAACUGCGCAAACAGAGUGACUCACUCAGCCAGACCGUGUCCACCAUCAUCGGCCAGCUGAAGGAAACAACGGACGCCGCACAAAAGGUGGACAACGAGCGCAACGAGCUCAUCAAGGUGAUGGACCGCGAGUACAAGCUGCUUGACGCCAAGAGCAAGGAGUGCACGGCGCUGACGCGCGACACGGAGCGGUGCCGGGAGCGGGCGGCCCUUCUGAUGGAGGAGAAGAACCGCACCGACAGCCGGCUGGCCAUGCUCGCUUCAGAGAUGCGUCAGCAGAACAACGCGCUCCGCGACGCACACAAAGCCGUGGAGCGGGUGGAGCGAGACCUGCGCAGCGCAGAGGAGUCGCUGCGCGUGCAGCGCUCUCAGAUGGGCGUCGAGCGCAGUGAGGUGGAGAAGCUGCAGCGCGAGAUGCAGCUGCAGACGCGCGCCACCGCCGAGAUACCCGCCCAGAGGUACGCCCUGCAGCGUGAUGUGGACGCAGCGCACCGCGAGACGAACGUCCUCAACUCGCUGACACUUAACGAGCAGCAGAGCAUCGACAAACUGGCCAAGGAGCGCGGCACGCUACUGCGCACUCAGGAGACGCUCACCAAGACACUGGAGGCGCUCGGCCGCGAAUAUAACAACCUGAUUCGCCAGCGUGACACGAACGCGCGCGUCUUCAGAAAGCUGAGCGGCGAGGUGGAACGAAACGAGGACGAGAUGCGCAACCGGUUCACGGUGGUGGCCAAGUUCCGCAAAAAGUGCGAGGAAACUGAGAAACAGACCAAACAGCUGGCGGAGCGCUACGAGCUGGCCAAGAAAGAACGAGAUGAGAUGUCGGCACAGCUGAAUAUCUCGUUGACCAACUGCGACGAGUUGAUGAAGAAGACAGAGAUCCUGCGGUCGCAGCAGGACACGAUGCUGAGCAGGAAGCUGGAGCUGGAGCGACAGCAUGACGUAACACGCCAGACCACCAUCAAGACAAUCCUGGACAAGACGAUGAUCCAGAGCACGAUGAACCAGGAGAAGGACGCGAUGAAGGAGCUGGAGGCGCACGCCGACCAGCUGGACAUGAUGAUCGGCUGCUGUCAGAUGUCGCUCAACACCAUCAAAGAGAGCAUCAUGUCCGACCUGGAGGAGUACAAACGCCAGGUGGUGGACCGCAACGAGCGAGGUCUGCUGCUCGUCGAGCGCGACGAGGAGGUGUGCGCCUUCCAGGAGAAGAUCGCGCUCCAGCAGCUGUUCGUGGAGCGAGGUUACGCGCGGCUCGAUACGGCCGAAAAAGACAUGGUCGAGCUGAACAAGAUCAUCCGCACCGAGCGGCACCACAUCCAGUGUCUGGGUGCGCAGGAGCGCGAGAUGCAGGCCAUGAGCGCCCAGCUGGCCGACACGCGCUGUCAGCUGCGUCAGCUCAACUCGCGCACCGUGACGGCCACGGCGCACCUGGAGACGCCGGCGCGCCGGGACUGCCGCCUGCUGCCGGCGCCGGCCGCCGGCGACGGCGACGUGCCGCGCCACCUGCGGCGCAUCGAGCUGCAGCUGUACGGCGCCGAGCUGCGCCUGCUCGAGAGACAGAUGAUCGCCGCCCAGGUGGGCCGGCUCGCCGACCGCGCCCGCCACGAGAUCGACACCAACCGCGCCGACUGCGAGCGGAUGGUGAAGCGGGCCAGCGCCGGCCGGCGCGCCGUCAAGGCCAACAGUCGCCGGCUGAUGGCCAGCGCCGCCGAGGCCAGCGUCGCCAAGACGGAGGCGCGCCGGCUGUGUGAGGAGCGCGCCCGACUGGAGGCGCAGCUGGAGGAAGCGCGCCGCAGGGUGGCCGCCGGUCUGCCACCUGAGCAGGCGCUCGGAGGGAGGCAGGCGCCCGGCGUCCGGCCACCGCCGACGGCCCAGCCACUGCCGCCGCCGCCGGGACCGACUCCGCGGCCCACCCAGUACCUGCCCGAGGCAGAGAGCAGCCUGCCGCUGCCGCGACCGUACGGAGCCUUCAGUCCGUUCAAACCGCAGGCCAAGGGCAGCAGCUUCAUGAGAAUGCAGAAGAUGGCAAGUCGCGGACAGAAACAGUAGCCGAGCUCGGAGGGGGCAAAUGCUAGAAGGUAGAAUACCUGGCAUGGUGGGCUGCAGGCUCAGUGGUGCUCAUACGAGUAGAACAUACGAGCGGGGUGGGAAUAUCAACAGAGCACGCGGUACCGAGAAGACAGGAAAUGCAAAGGAGACGACCGCAUUGUUUGAGGUCAUGAGUACCUAAAGUCAGCAUGAUUGGGGUAAAAUAUCAGCCUCGCCACAUCUUCAGCUCCAUAUUGCGUUUGUGUUCCCUGGUCAGAGCCCAGGAUAUGGCAUGUCAAUGGGCAGGUAAAAGAAAAGCGCGUACAAGCAUAAAGAUCACACGCAACACACAA